AGAAUUCCUGUAAGGGAAAUGUGCAAAAUCUUCAAGAGAACAAGGCGAAGUUUCCAGGAAGAAAGGGGUUGAGAUCUGCUGCGCAACGCUUCCCACAUUCCUCCUCUCCCAGGCACACGCCCUUUGAAAACUCAAGAAAAAAAAAAAACUGGAGUGCAACAUAUCUGCGCAUGUUUAAUCUAGCGUGAAACUGGUGAGGAAGAUCUCCAAGAGAGAAGAGCAGUCUUAUUGACGCCUGCAUUAGAUAUGGACUCAGCCGUCAAGACCGUUGUGACCACCUUUCUUGGUUCCUCGAGGGGGGGGGAGAGCUUGAACAACCAAUCGUUUCAAAAGUUGAUACAGAAAAACCUCAGCAGCAUCAUGGAGGAUACCGACAGUCAAUCUGCCAUUAAAGAGAUGCAGCAGGGGCUGGAUAACAACAGUGAUGGAAAGGUCAGCUUCCAGGAAUACCUCAAAUUGAUUGGCUACUUGGCUAACUCCCUGAGUCAGAAGAAGUGUGAGGGCAACGCAGAUUCAUCAUAGGAGCCUCCUUCUCCAUUUUGAAGCAUUCCAGCCAACAUGUACUCCUGUUUCCACCAUAAUAAUGUUUCUGUUGCUCUGAUUAAACAUCUCAGUGUGCCUUAGUCAACUCUUUUCCAUCUCUUGUAUACUGCUCUGAGCUGGUUAUUUCUCAUACACCAACAAAACAUGAUUUUAUACAAUAAAAGCUUUCAACUGAA